AGAUCUUAUUACCAUUAAUAAUAAUAAAAAAUUCAUUUGCAAGGCCAACAGUAUCGUUUUCGAACCAUAAACACUUCCAGGCGAUACGCCUCGUGACUACAAUUCCUUUCUCAUUUCGGAGAGAGAGAGAGAGAGAGAGAGAGAGAGAGAGAGUAUAUACCGGUAUAUACCUACCCGUUCCUAUUCUCGUACGUAUAUACAGCAGGCAGAAAACUUCGUGAUUGCGAUCGGGAGGGCGUAUGCCGUUCAAUUGGAGACGACGACAACGAUGAUGGAAUUGAGAUACGGAAGUUGUUAUCCAAAGGCGUUGCUCGGUGUUAAUGUCGCCCUUGCUUGUAUCGAUGCCGCAAUUUCCGCUUUCGCAUUCUAUCAGUUGAUGAGGAUCCAAGCUAGGAAUUCACAUCUUGGUUGGACUCGCCAGAAAGUGUUUCAUCUAAUGAUUGGAUCUUCUAACAUGGGUUACGUUGUUUAUUUCAUGUUAACUCUUAUUGCUGCUUGUAAGGAUUGGGUUUGCUGGUCUCAAUCUUGUGGCUUUAUUGUGAUGGCCUGCCCCAAAAUUUUGUUUCUUGCAGCAUUUCUUCUACUUCUAUCUUUCUGGGUUGACCUCUGCCAUCAGGCAAAUGAUGAAGAUGACGAGGAUGAGGAGUCUAGUCCUCGAGAAAAUUUGUUGGAGAGAGCAUCAAAUAAGUCACGUUCAAGUACUGAAAGUCACAGAAGAUGUUGCUCUUUCCGAGCCAUCCAUGUUGGAAGCCGCCAAAGGGUUGUGAUUUUGGUCACUGCAUUGAUUUUUAUUUUAAUGAUCACCUUCGCUGUCCUUAUUUGGAUUGGUAUGGGAAGGAAUCCUAUUGAUUCGGACCUGGUGGCCCGGGUAUAUGUAGAUCUUUUUUCCAUAGCGAUCCUUUUGUUAGGAGGAGCAUUAGCAUGUUAUGGACUCCUAUUAUUUUUGAAAAUGAGGAAAGUUAGAUCUGAAAGAGCUUCUUCCGAAGUGUGGAAGGUUGCAGGAUUGGCAGUUGUGUCUGUUCUAUGUUUCAGUUCAAGUGCAUUAGUUGCUCUUUUUACUGAUACACCAAUGCUCUAUCACUGGCAUCAUCAGCACGUUGACGCUAUCAGUACCUCUCUUCUUUUGAUUUUGUAUUACUUAAUAGGUUCAUCUUUACCAUCUGCAUAUGUCUUAUGGGUCAUGAGGGAAUUACCACCUUCAAUUGUGGUUACUGUAGUAGAAGAAUCCAGGACAAUAGCAUUUAUCCAUGAUAGUGCUGCAACCAUAAAUCCUCAGCGCUGGACUGCUGCCACAAGCCUGCAGAAUCAGGAAGCGCUUUGCUGCUGGUUAGGGUUGCUUGGAAUGCUGCCGUUGGAGAGCUUGGGAUUGGCAGUUGAAACACAACUGAACCUAGAAGUCCUUCUAUUGGAUUGGAAGUUGAUCCUGAAUCGGUUAAAAACCUGACUUUCAUCGACUUACCCGUCUUCUUUCCUUGGCGGGAGCAACAUAGCCCUACUUCAAUUAAGGUAUCAAGAGCAAGCCCUAUAUAGUGACAAUACAUGGAUUCUCAUGCAAAUCGGUGCGUCUUUUGGAGGACUUUCAGAAAAAAGUUGGUGGAGAAGGGUUGCAUUGUGGCUUUCAAGCUGAGAUCAAAGAAGGUGAAUGAUGGACAUUCUUAGCAAAGCAUUUGGGGAGCAGGCGUAAGACGGCCGGCCGUUGCUGUGAUUUUGUUGGCUCUUCGUUGUAAAUAGCUACAAGGUGCAAAUGCAGGAUUUGUUUUUCUUUCAGCCUUUCGCAGACUGGAAGAUUGUCUAAUGCUGCAUCCGAAUGGUGAACUGUUUUCCUUGUAUAGUAUUAACUUCUAUGUUCUAGUUUUUCUCUGGAAUUGUUUCUACCAGAAUGCGAAGAUCUUGCAUAUGCAUUCACUUUCUGCUGACCUUAUUCAGCCACCUACACGUGUUAGUUGGCUAGUAGAAAGGACCCCUUUAGUGAGGAAACUAGGAAAUUGAGUUUCUUUCACCAUUUGUGGCUAGUUGAUAGGAGGACAUGAGCCAAUAUGCCAUUUUGUACAUAGUUUCCAUACAGAUCGUUGGGGCUGCCUUCGUAAAACAACCGCUGUUGCGGUGUGUAUUUUUGAAGAUAUAAUUGACACAUUCCGAAUGGAUUUCGUGAAUGAGGGUUAUGUCUAUAAAUUAUGUUUGAGAGA